CGGGAAGUAAACGGAAAGAAAUCAAACGUACCUGGUUCUUCAAGUUAAACCAGCCGUUUUCACUUCCUUGUUUGUUUUUCUCCUGCCAGUGUCAGUUCCGCACCUUUACUCACAGUCAAAUGACGUCUAAAGAGUGAAGUCGGAUCUGUGUGCGACACUGAAAUGGGAGCUUUAGCAGUCUUUCCUUUGCUUUUAUUGAUCCUGCAGAUCGGGGCCAAUAAUGCCAAAUACGAACCCAACUGGAAGUCCAUCGACUCCAGACCGCUGCCAGAAUGGUAUGACCAGGCAAAGUUCGGCAUCUUCAUACACUGGGGUGUCUUUUCUGUCCCGAGCUUUGGCAGCGAAUGGUUCUGGUGGUACUGGCAAAACCAAACGCAAAAGCCAUAUGUGGACUUCAUGCAGAGGAAUUAUCCUCCAGACUUCAAGUAUCAGGACUUUGCACCGCUGUUCACUGCUGAGUUCUUUGAUGCCAAAGAAUGGACAGACAUCUUCGCCUCAUCGGGAGCAAAGUACAUCGUUCUGACCACAAAACACCAUGAAGGUUUCACACUCUGGGGCUCAAAGAACUCCUGGAACUGGAAUGCGGUGGAUAUUGGACCAAAGAGAGACCUGGUGGAUGAAGUGGUGACAGCUCUUCGCAAUAACGGGGACAUUCGUGUAGGGUUGUAUCACUCCCUCUUCGAAUGGUUUAACCCGCUCUUUGAGCUGGACGCUGCCAAUGUCUUCACUACAAACUACUUUCCUACCAGUAAAACUCUGCCUGAGCUUUACGAGCUUGUUGUCAAGUACAAACCAGAGGUGCUGUGGUCUGAUGGAGAUGGAGACGCGCCUGACAAGUACUGGAACAGCACUGGUUUCUUAGCUUGGCUCUAUAAUGACAGUCCAGUACGUGACACGGUGGUGACGAAUGAUCGGUGGGGCUAUGGCUCCAUCUGCACACACGGUGGAUAUUACACCUGUUCUGAUCGCUACCAGCCAGGACACCUGCUCAAGCACAAAUGGGAAAACUGCAUGACCAUUGACAAAAAGUCCUGGGGUUACAGACGUAACGCUCCUCUCAGCGAUUACCUCACCGUCGAUCAGCUUGUGUCGACACUGGUGGAGACUGUGUCCUGUGGAGGAAACCUGCUGAUGAAUAUCGGCCCCACACACGAUGGAAGAAUCGCUCCGAUCUUUGAGGAGCGUCUGAGGCAGAUUGGUCAGUGGCUGAAGGUCAAUGGGGAGGCCAUCUAUAACACGACAGCAUGGCGAGCUCAGAAUGACAGCCUCACUCCAGAUCUGUGGUACACGUUCAGACCCCAGGAAAAAAACAUAUUUUCCAUCUUACUCAAGUGGCCAAAUAAUGGAUCAGUGAUUCUGAAUGAGCCAGUGGUUACUGGGCAAACUCAGGUGGUGCUUCUUGGUUAUGGCCCUCUGAAGUGGGAGCCUGUAAAGCCCAGUGGGCUGCAGGUUUACCUUCCCCAGCUCUCCUUUAGCCAGAUGCCAUGCCAGUGGGCCUGGACACUGAAGCUGACUGGUGCCACUUAAAGGAAAAUCACAUCACUUGAAGAGGAACUGAUGGAGCAGAAAGGAAGGAUUAUACAGUGGCUUGCAAAAGUAUUCCUUGCCCUUUUCCACAUUUUGUCACAUUACAGCCACAAACGUGAAUCAAUUUUAUUGGAAUUCCACAUGAAAGACCAACACAAAGUGGUGCACACGUGAGAAGUGGAACGAAAAUCAUACAUGAUUCCAAACAUUUUUUACAAAUAAAUAACUGCAAAGUGGGGUGUGCGUAAUUAUUCAGCCCCCUGAGUCAAUACUUUGUAGAACCACUUUUUGCUGCAAUUCCAGCUGCCAGUCUUUUAGGGUAUGUCUCUACCAGCUUUGCACAUCUAGAGACUGAAAUUCUUGCCCAUUCUUAUUUGCAAACAGCUCCAGCUCGGUCAGAUUAGAUGGACAGCGUUUGUGAACAGCAGUUUUCAGAGCUUGCCACAGAUUGUCUCGAAACACCCCUGGCUCUGAAAUGUGCAAUCAUCUUUGUAAUACUGGGGCUAUUCCCUGCAGCUCUAGUGUAACAUCCCUCUUCAUGUAAUUGCUGACCGACUGUUGCUGCGGGGUGAGACGAUGCCCUGCACUGACAUCCUCAGUAGCCCGAGGAAGAGUUCCUCCUCUGUUUAUGCCGUACAAAUCGCACUAAUGCACAAGCAUCAGAGUCAACAAAUGUGCGGUGUUGACCACAGUUUCCAAUUCCAUUUAGUAAACUUUUCCCUAUCUGUAAAUGCCAAUAUUGCUUUACUCAUUGUUCCUAAUGAAUCCCUUUUCACUUGUAACGCCUUUUUUUUCUUGCUAUCUUGAUAGAGUUUCAGCUGCUUGACAUUUUUACACAGAACACCGUGGUUUUCCUUUAGUUUCUCACCCAGAAACCCAGGCCAGUUUCUGUAAUUUUGGGAGCAGUGACAUUAAACACUGUGAAAUUGCUCCUUUUCUUUGAGAUGUGCUUUGUGGGAAGUUUGAUAAGCCUGUUGCACUGAUCGGUUUGAUUCAUUUUUAAUAAAUGUUUCAAUAAAAUCAACCUUUAUUACA